AUGGUAAACUUUUAUCGCCGGUUCCUACCGAAGUGUGCCGACCUUAUGCUGCCACUCACCAACUUGCCCUCUGGUCCCAAGGGUCCCCUUGAGUUACGUGGCCACGCGCUGACUGCUUUUGAGAGAAUUAAGACCUCCCUUGCUGAUGCUACCUUGCUCACUCAUCCUGCUCCAGAGGCCCCAUUGUCCCUGACGGUUGAUGCUUCGACCGUUGCCGUAGGAGCAGUCCUCCAACAGCAUAUCAACGACUCGACACGACCGUUGACAUUCUUCUCCAAGAAGCUUUCAUCUGCCGAGACGAGAUAUAGCACGUUUGGCCGUGAACUUCUUGCCAUUUACCUAGCCGUAAAACAUUUCCGACACUUCCUUGAGGGUCGUGACUUCACAAUUUUCACAGACCACAAACCACUUACAUUUGCCACCCGGUCCCACUCUGACAAGUAUAACCCGAGAGAGAUUUCUCAUUUGGAUUACAUCUCGCAAUUCACCACUCACAUCCGCCACAUUGAUGGCCCGAAGAAUGCGGUGGCGGACAUGCUGUCCAGACCUUCCCUCUCGGCGUUUCACCUCUCACACGGGAUUGAUCUUGGUGCUAUGGCGACUGAACAACGACGUGUUGGAUGUCCUGGCGACGAGUCUGUUGACAGUCUUCAAUUAUUUGACAUCCCAUUGACCACCGGCACUGGCACAAUCCUUUGUGACGUAUCGACUCCUAUUCAACGCCCUUAUGUGCCUGCCUCGAUGCGUCGAGCUGUUUUUAAAACUCUCCACGGACUCUCCCAUCCUGGGAUUCGAGCCUCACAGAAGCUCCUCGCGGAAAGGUUCGUAUGGCCUGGGUUGAACAAGGAUGUGAAAGCUUGGACACGAUCGUGCCUUUGCUGUCAACGUAACAAGGUUCAACGCCAGAACAAGUCUCCAUCGGGCACGUUACCCAGCUCCGAUGCACGGUUCAACCAUGUUCAUUUAGAUGUCGUAGGUCCUUUACCUCCAUCCAAUGGCUAUACUCACCUUCGCACCUGCGUUGAUCGCUAUACCCGUUGGCCGAAAGCCAUUCCUUUACCGAAUGUGCAAGCGGAGACCAUUGUGAAAGCCUUCGUCAGUCGUUGGGUCGCCAUAUUCGGUGCGCCAUCCAUGAUUACGACUGUUCGAGGCGCGCAGUUUGAGUGCACACUUUUCCAAACUCUCCUCAACUUCCUCAACCGUAUUCGGACGACGGCCUACCACCCAGCUGCCAACGGCAUGGUUGAGCGUUUCCACCGCCAGCUAAAAACUGCACUGCGUGCCGCAGAAGAUCCCGAAAACUGGUCAGGCAAUGUACCCGUUGCACUUCUUGGCAUUCGUGCGGCACUGAAGUCAGACUUGGACUGCAACGUAGCCGAAUUGGUUUUCGGCACUACCCUCCGACUCCCUGGUGAGAUGGUCACCCCAACCUCUCGUGGUACCGAAGAGACCCCCGAAAAUUUUGUGCAUCGUCUGCGACAAUUCAUGCGCUCGCUGUCCCGGUUCCACCUCUAG